UUCAUCGUUCGCGCGCCAAAAGCUUCAAACAUCUUCGAACGAUUCACAAGCAUUAAAUGCAAAUCGACGGAUUUCUUUGUUGUGUUGUGUGUAGUUUCGAUUCGGAAAGCAGGCUUUCGCGAACUAAACUAAUCUAGUUCUAACAAAAUUGACCUAAAGUUUCAAUAGGGAACGAACGAGAAUGGAUGGUUUCGAUGAUGUUGGAGUGUUUUUCUCCGAUAACUUUGGUGACGAUGGCCAACAGCAGCAGAAUUCGAACCAAAUCAAUCUGCAGCAAAUCAAGAGGAAAUACCGCGAGUUUAUCCGGACGUUUUGCGAAGCCAACUUCAGCUACAAGUACCGCGACACAUUGAAACGAAACUAUUUACUGGGCCGUUAUUAUCUCGAGGUGGAAAUCGAAGACUUGGCCGGUUUCGAUGAAACAUUGGCGGACAAGCUGUACAAGCAACCGACGGAGCAUUUGCAAAUCUUCGAGGAAGCUGCUCGCGAGGUGGCUGACGAGAUCACCUUUCCGAGACCGGAAGAGGAAGCAGUCGUUCACGAUAUUCAAAUUCUGCUAACCUCCGGUGCCAAUCCGACCAACAUUCGGGACCUGAAGUCGGAGUGUGUCUCACGGCUGGUCAAGGUUGGCGGAAUUAUAAUAUCUGCUUCGGGGAUCAAGGCUAAGGCCACCAGAAUUUCCAUUCAGUGUCGAUCUUGUAACACUGUUAUUUCGAACUUGUCCGUAAAUCCUGGCUUGGAAGGUUAUCAGCUGCCGAGGAAAUGCACAUCGGAUCAAGCGGGAAGACCCAGAUGUCCUUUGGACCCUUUCUUCAUCAUGCCAGACAAGUGUUUGUGUGUUGAUUUCCAGGUGUUGAAAAUGCAGGAGCUGCCGGAUUUCAUUCCACAAGGUGAAAUUCCUCGUCAUAUGCAGUUGUUCUGCGAUCGCAGUUUAUGCGAGCGUGUUGUGCCAGGGAACCGUGUUCUCAUUCACGGCAUCUUUUCGAUUCGUAAAAUUGGCAGGCCAAGUAAGCAAGAUGGGCGAGAGAAAGCGAUUAUUGGGGUGAGGGCCCCCUAUAUGAGGGUGGUUGGUAUAACUGUCGAUACGGAAGGAAUGGGCGCUAUAUCCAGAUUUAACAAUAUUACCACUGAAGAGGAAUCGAUGUUCCGAAAAAUGGCAGCGAAUCCCAAUAUUUAUGAUAGUUUGGGUGAAAGUCUAGCGCCGAGUAUUUUCGGUUCACAAGACAUAAAGAAGGCCAUUGUAUGUAUGCUGUUUGGAGGUUCCAGAAAACGAAUGCCUGAUGGUUUGACACGUCGUGGAGAUAUUAAUAUUCUUUUGCUUGGUGAUCCUGGUACAGCAAAGUCACAGCUGCUGAAAUUCGUGGAGAAAGUUGCUCCCAUUGCAGUUUACACCUCUGGCAAGGGUUCCAGUGCGGCUGGUUUAACGGCAUCCGUUAUGCGUGAUCCAGCGACCAGAAACUUCGUCAUGGAAGGCGGUGCGAUGGUGCUGGCCGAUGGUGGCGUAGUUUGUAUAGACGAGUUUGAUAAAAUGAAAGAGGAUGAUCGAGUGGCAAUUCAUGAAGCCAUGGAACAGCAAACGAUCUCCAUCGCAAAAGCGGGAAUUACGACCACCUUGAACUCGAGAUGUUCAGUUUUGGCUGCAGCUAAUUCAAUUUUCGGUCGGUGGGACGACACUAAGGGCGAAGAGAAUAUCGACUUCAUGCCUACGAUUCUUUCGCGUUUUGAUAUGAUUUUCAUCGUGAAAGACGUACACGAUCAAGCUCGUGACAUCACCCUGGCCAAACAUGUAAUGAACGUGCACAUGAACGCCAACAAAGCCACAAUCGACAAGCAGGAGGGUGAAAUACCCAUGGCUAUGUUCAAAAAAUACAUCAACUACUGCCGCAACCAUUGCGGACCUCGUCUCAACGAAGAAGCCGCUGACAAACUGAAAUCUCGAUACGUUCUGAUGCGAAGCGGUGCCGGGGAGCAGGAACGCAUGUCGGAUAAGCGGCUCUCAAUCCCAAUCACAGUCCGUCAACUGGAAGCCAUCAUUCGAAUCUCGGAAUCGCUGGCCAAAAUGCAACUGCAACCAUUCGCAACGGAGGCCCACGUCACGGAAGCCCUUCGACUCUUCCAGGUUUCGACACUGGACGCAGCCAUGUCCGGAUCACUGGCCGGAGCGGAGGGAUUCACCACCGAGGAGGACACCGAAAUGCUGAACCGAAUAGAGAAGCAGCUGAAGCGUCGUUUCGCCAUCGGAUCGCAGGUAUCCGAACAGAAUAUCAUCCAGGACUUUGCGAGGCAGAAAUAUCCGGAACGGUCAGUGCUCAAGGUGCUCCAUACCAUGAUUAGGCGGGGUGAGUUGCAGCAUCGCAUGCAGCGGAAGAUGCUCUACAGACUGUCGUGAGAGAACCAUUUUUCUUUUUAUCCAUUUUUAAUCUUGUUUGAUUUUUUUGCGAUUGAAAGUGAUUUCAUGUUUUCUUUACAAUAAAAUAUUGUCAACCAAUUGAAGUUCUAAUAAAUUAAUGUU